CAAGUAAGUGAACAUUCAACAAAGAUGGGAAGAGUUAUUUUGGUUUUGUUACUACUGUGGAAUGCAGUUAUGAUAGCAGUGUCCCUUUUACUCAUUGGAAUACUAACGCGUCUAGGGCUGGAACUGACCUGAAGAAUACAAGUCCACCUUUAACAUACCAUGAACAACUGCAAGCUUCAGCUGUCCAUAAUAAUCAUUUUCUCUGGAAUUCUGCCAACAAAUCCAUGGUCAGUGAAUAACUUUUUGAUGACAGGACCAAAGGCUUAUCUGACAUAUUCCAGUAGCGUAGCAAUGGGAGCUCAGAGUGGCAUUGAAGAGUGCAAAUUCCAGUUUGCGUGGGACCGCUGGAACUGUCCAGAAAGUGCCCUUCAACUUUCCACACAUAAUGGACUGCGCAGUGCUACCAGAGAAACAUCCUUUGUACAUGCUAUUAGUUCAGCCGGUGUGAUGUACACUCUGACCAGGAACUGCAGUGCCGGUGACUUUGAUAACUGCGGAUGCGAUGAUUCCCGAAAUGGGCAAGUUGGAGGAAAAGGAUGGAUUUGGGGAGGCUGCAGUGAUAAUGUGGACUUUGGAGAGAGGAUUUCAAAACAGUUUGUGGAUGCUCUGGAGACUGGGCAGGAUGCCAGAGCAUUAAUGAAUCUUCACAACAACGAAGCAGGCAGAAUAGCUGUUCGAGCAACCAUGAAAAGGACAUGCAAGUGUCAUGGUGUUUCUGGGAGCUGUAGUAUUCAGACGUGCUGGCUUCAGCUGGCCGAAUUCAGAGACAUUGGGAAUUAUCUGAAAAUCAAACACGGCCAUGCCGAAAAGCUUGAUAUGGACAAAAGGCGGAUGAAAGCUGGAAACAGUGCUGACAACAGAGGUGCCAUUGCUGAUGCUUUCAGCAUCGUUCCACGAUCAGAACUAGUUUAUCUAGAAGACUCGCCUGAUUACUGUGCACGCAACACUAGUCUUGGGCUUCAUGGAACAGAGGGCAGAGAGUGCCUCCAAAGUGGUAAGAAUCUGUCACAGUGGGAGAAGCGCAGCUGUAAGAGACUCUGUAUAGAGUGUGGCCUCAGAGUUGAGGAGAAACGAACCGAGAUAGUCAGCAGCUGUAACUGCAAGUUUCACUGGUGCUGCACUGUGAAAUGUGAGCAGUGCAAACAAGUGGUGACAAAACACUAUUGUGCCAAAAGAGAAAGAAACAGCAGCUAUAACAACACCAAACGCAGACAUCGUGGACACAGACGAUAGCUGGAGACAUUGACACUGAACUUUAAAAAAUGCUGCUGUUUGAUACUUUAUUUAUGAUGGCAGCACUUUUUAGACUGAACUUUUUCCCCCCUCGUUACACACUUCUCGUUCACAUGUAAUUUGGUUUGAUGUAUUUUUCUGUGAACACAUUAUACCUUCAAAGGGUAGUUCUUUCUAUGAAAGUGACUGAAAACAUUGUAAAUAGGCUGUGUUUGCCUACACUGUACAUUAUUUGCACUUUGAGGAACUGAAGUAUUGCACCCAUACUUUUAAUUUUGCACAACUAGCAGCAUUAUUGUGGUGGUAACCCAACAUGAAAUGAUUCCACGUGUUCCGUUGAAUUCUAGGAAUUGUCUGUAACUGCAACUGCUUUGGGAAGUCUUGUUUGCUCUUUGUUCUUUUUGGCCCAUUAAAGACCCGACUUUUUUAACUUAAAAUAGAAGGUUUAGUUCCAUAUGUUACCCAGAUUCUACAGUGUUUGGGUGCUUCCUAGUUGAGUACUUGGG